AUGAAAGACCCUAAGAGAGUAAGGUGCAAUGGAGGGUCGAAACGAGUAACGGGAGCAAAGGAAAAGGCAAUGAAGCGAGGGAUUAGACACUGUCGGGAGUGUGGACACAUUGGUCAUGAUAGAAGACAAUGCCCAAGAAAUUUGAACACACCGACAUCACCGUCGAACAAUGACGAAUCAACUCCAAUAGAUCUUAGUGACCCAUUAUUCGACGAAUUUUACAGGAUGCACGGACCAACUCAAUGA